CAGGCUAAUUAUACACCUUCCUCAGGUAAACUCAGGCUAAUUAUACACCUUCCUCAGGUAAACUCAGGCUAAUUAUAGACCUCCCUCAGGUAAACUCGGGAUAAUUAUAGACCUCUCUCAGGUAAACUCGGGCUAAUUAUAUACCUUCCUCAGGUAAACUCUGACUAGUUAUAGACCUCCCUCAGGUAAACUCGGACUCAAUUAUAGACCUCCCUUAGGUAAACUCGGACUCAAUUAUAGACCUCCCUCAGGUAAACUCAGGCUAAUUAUACACCUUCCUCGGGUAAACUCAGGCUAAUUAUACACCUUUCUCGGGUAAACUCAGGCUAAUUAUACACCUUCCUCAGGUAUUGUAUUGUAUUUUAUUGUUUAUUGACCAAGAACCAUUCAGUUCAUAGGACCUGGUAUAAAGUAUAUACAACAACAAAUUAUACAUGAAAUAGUAUGAGCAGUAAGUGCUAGAGCUUUGAUAUUUCACAUGAGUAUUCCUUGUGACAAGACCUUUCCGUGGGUACCAUCAUUUUUUACCCUUUGACCUUGGAGUCUAACCUACUUUUAAAAAGAUUUAACAUUGGUCAUAACUUCUAAAUGGUAAAUAUUAGAGCUUUCAUAUUGCACCUGAGCAUUUCUUGUGAGAAGAUCUUUCUACUGGUACCAAGAUAUUAAUUUGUCCAUGUGACAUUGGCCAUCUUUGGAAUUGGCCAUUAUCGGUGGCAUUUGUGUUUCACAAACACAUUUCGUUUAUUGAUGAACAUGGUUAAAGAUACAGAUAGACUUACAGAUAUGUUGAUGAACAAGGUCACAGUUACAGAUAGACUUACAGACAUAUUGAUGAACAAGGUCAGAGUUACAGAUAGACUUACAGAUAUGUUGAUGAACAAGGUCACAGUUACAGAUAGACUUACAGACAUGUUGAUGAACAAGGUCAGAGUUACAGAUAGACUUACAGACAUGUUGAUGAACAAGGUCAGAGUUACAGAUAGACUUACAGACAUGUUGAUGAACAAGAUCAGUUACAGAUAGACUUACAGACAUGUUGAUGAACAAGGUUACAGUUACAGAUAGACUUACAGACAUGUUGAUGAACAAGGUUACAGUUACAGAUAGACUUACAGAUAUGUUGAUGAACAAGGUCACAGUUACAGAUAGACUUACAGACAUGUUGAUGAACAAGGUCACAGUUACAGAUAGACUUACAGACAUGUUGAUGAACAAGGUCACAGUUACAGAUAGACUUACAGACAUGUUGAUGAACAAGGUCACAGUUACAGAUAGACUUACAGAUAUGUUGAUGAACAAGGUCACAGUUACAGAUAGACUUACAGACAUGUUGAUGAACAAGGUCACAGUUACAGAUAGACUUACAGACAUGUUGAUGAACAAGGUCACAGUUACAGAUAGACUUACAGACAUGUUGAUGAACAAGGUCACAGUUACAGAUAGACUUACAGACAUGUUGAUGAACAAGGUCACAGUUACAGAUAGACUUACAGACAUGUUGAUGAACAAGGUCACAGUUACAGAUAGACUUACAGACAUGUUGAUGAACAAGGUUACAGUUACAGAUAGACUUACAGACAUGUUGAUGAACAAGGUUACAGUUACAGAUAGACUUACAGACAUGUUGAUAACAAGGUCAGAGUUACAGAUAGACUUACAGAUAUGUUAUGAAGAAGGUCAGAGUUACAGAUAGACUUACAGACACGUUGAUGAACAAGGUUACAGUUACAGAUAGACUUACAGACAUGUUGAUGAACAAGGUCAGAGUUACAGAUAGACUUACAGACAUGUUGAUGAACAAGGUCAGAAUUACAGAUAGACAUGUUGUGAUAUUAAUGUCAUUAUAAUGAACCUGUUUUGACUAUCUGUUUUACUGAACACUUUGCAGAAGGUUGUCCACGAGUUGACAGAUGCCACAGAGGCUGUAAAGAAAAA